ACACUGUUUCGGUGGUUUACUCAGCAUAGCUCAAAUUAGUUGAAUUCGGGUUGCAACUUGCAAUCUGCGUAUCACUUGAAGUUCAAGCUGUGGUAAAUUUUCUUAAUGUAAAUCAAGAAAUUAUAAAUUAGAAGACAAUUCCUUUUCUAAUUAGUUGAAUAAAGCAUUACAAUGCAAAAAUUAGUUCAACAUCACUACAUCAGGAACAUUAGAGGAAGUUAAAUGAGUUCAUAUGAUAUAUAGAAACAAAUCCUCAUAAUAUACAAAUGAAAGCGUGUCUGGAAAUCCGACAAGUUUUCACGCUAGAUAGAAGUGUGAUUUUGAAAGGUUUAAAUAUGAAACCAAACAUUAUAUUCAAGAGGCGAAACCUCGCAUUAGCAAGAAGAGACAAGUGCAUGCAUUAAACAAGGUAAUUUAUCUCUCCUUUUUUUUUGGGUAAAGAAAUAAGGUAAAUUAAUCUCUCCUUUCCUUUUUUUUGUCAAGAAACAAGGUAAACUAAUCUCUCCUUUCAAUGGAACUAGACUUGCCACAUAAUUCACAGCUUGAAAACAUGAGAUUCCAUCUGUAUGCAUCAUCUUUAUUAGGACAUCCUUAGAUUCUUUUGUAUCAACAUUGUAGGACGUGAUCUUUCCACAAGACACCAUCUCCAUAAGAAGCUCAUUCCCCUUCCAGAAAACCCAAGGUUUAGGCACUUCUUCUGUCAAAUGUUUUAUAGUUCUCAUGUGGGUCCAAGAACCAAAUCCACCCAUCACCCAUAUGUCAAAAUUGGACGGGGAUUGAUAACUACAGCAGACCAGUGAGAUGGAGUCAUUCCACACAGUUAGAGUACUACCAUUGCGUUCGAUAAUAUUGACACCCGGUGGCUUUGGCACCAUUUGGAAAACCCCAUCAUCCAUAUUCAAUGCCACAAUUACAAUGGAAUAGUCUUCACGGUACCGUGCCCACCAGUAGAAAGUUCUAUUAAAGCACAUUGCAAAAUCAUUAUAAUUUAAAUACAAAAGCUCAACAUUGGUAUUAGGCAUCACUGCCCACGAAUCUGUACUUAAAGUAUAUUGCUCAACAACCCUAGCAUAAUAAUCUGUGGCGUUCUGCCUUUUCCGAAUGCUUAUAACUUUAAAAUCAUCAGUGAAGGAAUCAUACCCCAUUCCAACUGCUACACGUGAGCUAUGCUCAAUAGUGAAAGGAGGAAGUUUUCUAAAUUCUCUGGUUAAUGGGUUAUACAAAAGAAUAUAAUCAAGUGAAGACAAGCACACUAUACCAUUAGAGUGACCACAAAUUUGGUAGCACCUUGAAAAAUAUUUGGAUGGCCAUGGGGGUAUUGGGGUUUCCAUGCCAAUGCCAGUGGCAGACAAGGAAAAGAGUUUGUAUAUUUCCAAUUUCAGGUCAUUCACUAUGUGGGAGGGAAGCUUGAGAAGCACGUCAUUCGCAGCAGAGUUUUGGUUUUUGAUAAAGUGGCGAGACAAGAACUUGGUGUCAUAGUGUAAAAGAGCAAACCAGUGUUUGCACACACACUUGAAGCGCAUCAACGACUUGCACGGCAGUCUCACAAGGAUAUUCUCCACCAACUCUUGAGUCCGGUAUGCAGAUAUUUCACUAUCAAAACCAAAAAGCUCAACGUUGGUAUUAUGCAGCACAGUCCAUGAAUCAGCACUUAAGACGAGAUAUUCCCGCACAGAAUUUAGUAACCGUAUUACACGAAGCACGCUCUCGUAUCCGCCACGUGGCAUCCACCGACUCAACCUUCAGAGAGAAAGAGAAAGAGAACGAAAGAAAGAAGAAGAAGAACCAGAAAACAAUGCAAUGCAAUGCAAUUCAAUAUUUGUGUUUGUUUCAUUGAAUUGAUUUCUAAGAAGAAGAUAAAACGAAGAAGAAUCAUCAUCUAAUCUAACAACUACCUCCAUAAAUUUUCUUGAUUUCGCAACAUUUCAUCGAAUCGAAUCGAAUCUCCUCCGAUCGAUUGAGAAUGCAACGCGUUGUUGACAACGUCCUCGCCGUCACUAAAGAGUCGGUGAAGACCUUUACUUAUGAGUCGUUGAACAAUAUUGUGAGGUUGAUCAAUGGAGUUUCAGCUCUUUUGUUGACAUUGUUACCUGGUAAAGCUACUAUACUUGAAGGCAUUCAGGGUUGGGAGCUCAGACCUACUUUCCGUGGACCGCGAUUUCCUCGUUGGAUGGAAAAUGGUGUAUCUUCUUUCAACCACUUUAUUCAUGAGCUUGCUGUGGAUUCGGAUACUUCAAGCCUCGAAUACUCAUCUGGAGAAGAAGAUAUGGACGGGUGUGAAUAUCUUUCAUCUCCCUCGUCUCAGGGUUCUAGGGCCUCUAGAGAUAGUUUUGCAGAUUACGGUAGGCGUCAGGUAGAUUGGAUCCAGUAUAUCUUACUCUGGAUUUGGGUUCCUAUCAAGUUUUUGCUGGGGAUUCCUUUUUAUCUUUUCCAGUUAGUUUGUUCUGGAGUGUCAAGGCCAAUUUCUAUCUCUGGAAAUCAGAACUCUUCACAAGAACAUUCAAAUAACAGAGUCCAAAGCCUCAAGGACCAAAUUAUCCAUCGCGCUACUGAUAGGAGACGUGGUAUCAUAGAGGAUCUUAAUUUAGGCAUAGAGAUAUGUAUAGAAGCCGUGUUUGAUAUGGUUCACAAGGCAGUACAUCUUCUUCUUUCCCCAUCAGAAGCUUUUGCUGCAUUACAUAGGUUGUUUUCAUCUCAUGAAAGAAGUGUCAUAGAUGAUAAUGAUGGUGCUGAGGAUGCCUCCAUUUCUACAGCUACACUUGGAGAGAAUGACCCAACACCUACAGAGAGGAAUACCAAUUAUCGCCAGUCCUUGAACACAGAUGCCCGUACAUGUCAGGAUGUCAUAACAGAACUUGGGUAUCCAUACGAAGCUAUUCAUGUGAUCACUAAUGAUGGAUAUGUUCUUCUUUUAGAAAGAAUACCUAGGCGAGAUGCUAGAAAGGCUGUUUAUCUUCAGCAUGGAGUUAUGGAUUCAUCAAUGGGUUGGGUGUCGAACGGUGUUGUUGGCUCUCCAGCUUUUGCAGCCUAUGAUCAAGGGUAUGAUGUGUUUCUGGGAAACUUGCGCGGUUUGGUUUCUAGGGAACAUAUCAACAAGAACAUAUCCUCACGUGAGUACUGGCGGUACUCCAUCAAUGAACAUGGAACUGAGGAUAUCCCUGCUAUGAUAGAGAAAAUCCAUCAAGUAAAAACUGCUGAGUUGAGGCUUAGUAAACCCGACAUCGAGGAGGAUAACAAUGAUGAUCAGCUUUACAAGCUUUGUGCAAUUUCCCAUAGUUUGGGAGGGGCAUCUGUGUUGAUGUAUGUCAUCACGCGUAGGAUAGAAAGGAAACGCCAUAGACUUUCUAGAUUGAUUUUGUUAUCACCUGCUGGUUUUCAUCAAGACUCUAACCUGGUUUUCUCUGUGGUUGAGCAUGUAGUAUUUUUGCUGGCUCCUAUUCUUUCUCGUAUUUGCCCCGCCUUCUAUAUUCCGACCCGGUUUUUCCGAAUGCUUGUUAACAAGUUAGCUAGGGACCUGCAAAACCUGCCUGCAGUUGGAGGUUUGGUUCAAACCUUAGUGAGUUAUGUUGUUGGUGGGGACAGUUCAAAUUGGGUUGGAGCAUUAGGAUUACCUCAUUACAACAUGAAUGAUAUGCCAGGAGUGUCAUUCUAUGUUGCUCUUCAUCUUGCACAGAUAAAGAGAACCAGAAGAUUCAGAAUGUUCGAUUAUGGGAGUGCUUCUGCUAACAUGGAGGUGUAUGGUUCACCUGAGCCUUUGGACUUGGCUGAAAACUACAGGCUCAUUGACGUUCCUGUUGAUCUUGUUGCUGGCCAGAAAGACAAGGUGAUAAGGCCUUCAAUGGUGAAGAGACACUAUAAACUGAUGAAGGAAGCUGGUGUGGAUGUUUCAUUCAAUGAGUUUGAAUAUGCUCAUUUGGAUUUCACCUUCUCCCACCGUGAAGAACUUUUGUCAUAUGUUAUGUCACGUUUGCUGCUUGUGGAGCCAAAUUCAAAGUAUCAACUAAAUCAAAGGGGUGUAAGAUUGAGGAAGAAAGUGCAGGCUUCAGUUAAUGGGUAGAAUAGAAUGUGAGAGAAUGUAUAUAUUAUAAUUUUCUACUGAAGUGUGUGUGUAUAUGUGUGUUCUCUUCCUUCAAAUCAUCCUUUUGCAUUUGAUUGGAUUUUUUCUUCCGUUUGGAGGAAGGAUAGAUGUUGGAACAUUGUAAAAUAGUGUUAAAUUAUCUGAAUAGAACAAUAGGAGUCAAUAGAAUCUUUUAUGGAACUGUGUUAUUAUUAA